UAGUCAACUGCAGUAAAAUUCUUAGAUACUAUAGUGAUUUUGAACUUUAUUAAGUAUACAAGGGCACAACAAUUUUCCAUAGCAAACACUAUAGUACACUACAGUAUUUUAUUUUAUGUUUAAAUUUAAUGGGACUUUUAUGUUGACGGGUCUUCGGGAAGAUGCUUGAGUUUUUGUGUGUUUGACGAUAUCUUCACUCGAACAGUAAAAUGCUUGUAAAAUAAACUCUCAGAGCAACUCUGGAGAAUGAUGUUCAUGUGUUCAUAUCCUCAUACAGUGCAGACGCAGAUAAUUCCUCGACCAUGACUCGUUAAACUGUGCACAUAAUUCACUCAGAACAGCCAGAUGACAUUUAAAUAACAGGAUUCCGCGCCCGCAUCUAGUUACAUGGACAUACUAUUGCACAUAUUCUUAUUAUUCAACAUAUAUGUUGCACUGUUGUUAUUUUAAUUUUUUAAGUUACUUGUCUGGUCUGGCAAGUAAAAUUCUCUCUCACUUGCCCAUGCAAAACAUACACUUGUCCCGGUUUAAUGUACAUACACUUGUCCCGGUUUAGCCCUGGUUUAAUGAUAAUUAAUUUCCUGUCAAAACAAAUCAUUUAUUUGAAUUGGAGGGGGUGGAACUCCUGUCUAAAUCAGCUCACUCUGAUUCAGCUACCUACAAUCAGGCCAUAAGCUACUGGUAGCUCGCCAGCAACGUGUUGGAGACCCCUGCUCUAAUGUUUGUUAAACUGUGAAGUAUAUAUUUGUAGCUGAUAGUGUAUGUGUAUGAAUUGAGAGCGGGAGUUAGUCUUGUUAGGCCUGCAAUAUAUCGCCAUUGUGUUUAAAUUUGUAAUAAAGCCAUUUCAGAAUAGUAAUCGACUGGUGUCAAAGCCGCAAAGCUCUCACUAUGAUAUGAAAACAAAGGAGCGUGUGAACAAGAUGCUCUACUCUUUAAAAACGGAGGUAACAAAAACAGAAACAUACUUUUGAAACAAUAGCCACAUUUAGAGCUUUUUAGACAUUCACAUUUAGAGGUCUUACAGACAGUGAAGUUAGUCACGUGUAUGAAUACACCUUGGAUGAAUUUCAAUUAGCGUUUUUUCCUUUUAAGGGCACUUCUCGAAAGGAAAAGUAAUUCCAGAUAAAGAUAGAUUCCUUUUUGUGUAUUUUAAACAGCCACAUUAUGACAUACAAUCGUGCUGCCCUCCCCCAAACUUCAUUUUACCUUACCAGUCUGAUCCCUAGUCUGACGAAGAAACAUCCACAGACGAUAGUGGAUAAUAGAUCAUAGAUUGAACGCUUAAAAUAAUCGAGUUCAUAGCUACUAGGGAUGAGUCACGAAUUUUGAAUAUUCGAAUAGUUUAUUUAAUUAUAGAAUUUCGAAUAGUGUGUGCGAUCUUAAAAAACUCGUCGUGUUUUCACGUGUAACGCGUCAUGUAACCAAAGGGUGGCGCUACCAAUAACGACGCAACUUAAACCUAAAGGCUGUCAAUCAAGAGACAGUACAGGAAAACAUUUUCCCACAAGAUUUGGUAACGAAGUUACGCACACUGUAGACCCACAUGGCAUAACGGAAACGGUAAAUUGAGACGAUGGCAAAAAUGUGAUCUGUGUGGGGGUCCUUUAAUAAAAUGAAUGAGAAUAAAGUGCAGUGCAAACUCUGCAAUGCAAAGCUGGCUUAUCAUGGAUCAACAACUACAAUGCACAGUCAUCUGAGGGCGAAGCACCCAGCAGGUCAGCAAUAAGUUGCUAGUUAAUGGUCAGACCAAUCAAUUUGGAUGCCAGACGGGCAGAGCAAAUAACGGCUCUAACUAGCAAGAUGAUCGCUAAGGAUAUGCUUCCGAUCAGUUUUGUCGAAAUAGAGGGUUUUAAAAAUCUUAUGGAGUUUGUACAGCCCGAGUUUACUGUUCGUCUAGAAAAACGAUCACUGCCAGACUGCAGAAACUUUUUCAUGACAAUACAAAAUAGAAGCCUUUUGAGCUAUUAAUUAAUGAAAUCGCUCCGAACUGUUAAUAAAUGCCGUCAUUCGGUUAAUAGGUUUAUAGUUAAUAGUCUGGUCUAAAAUCUUUAUGGCUUUAAUAUAUUUUCCUGAUCAAUCACACUGUUUUUAGUUGGUAUAAAUGUGCAUGCUCAUAUUUUACAAGGAAACGUCCUAGCAUUAUGAGCGGUUGAUUCUGAUCGACGUACUGUUAAUAAGUGUCGUCAUUCGGUUGUUAAUAUAUUAAUGUUUCAGCACGUUAUUUUAAUGUAUUGCUUGAUUUAAGAUUGCCUAUUCCAUAAUACAUAAAGCAGUGUGCCGUCAUACGGAUUUGAAGCAAAUGGUCUCACUCUCUCUCCGUUUCUGUGUGUGUAAUACUGUAAAUGCGUCCAUGUGGGGGUGGGUUGCGAAUUUCGAAUAAUUUUCGAAUAGUUCUCAUCGAUCUUCAAAUAUUAUUUUUGCUUUAAUUGCCCAUCCCUAAUAGCUAGAUAAACAAAUUGUAUUACCCCAGAAAUAACGUUGCAUGUUAACGUUAGCGUUAAAUGCAUUAGCUAAACACAGACAAAAGGUACACAAAUAUUUCUUGAAGUUAAGACAAAAAUACUCACACUUACAGGUUGUGAUUCGGUGGAGCUAACCGGUCCAAAUAAGGUUGGGAUUUCCCCCUCUUUCAAGGAUAGUCUUUUAACAUACCCUGCAGUGAAUGCGCCAAGAUUAUUGAAGCAAUCUUCUGUGAAAUGACGUGGUUAUUCUCCUUUGCUGUCAUUUGAAAAUGAAUUGUAACCAUUGUUGCAUCAGAAGUUCUUCCUUUGGUAGUUUAAAUAGGGCGCACUUAGUUUCACAAUGUAGAACACAGUUUCUAGACAUAAUGGACACGCAUCAUGAAUGAGCGACAGUGUUUUGGUGGAGGAGAGUGAAGUUUUCGUGGCAUUCCCAGCAAAACAUAGGCGGGGAUUAUUUCUAGUGAUACGCGCGGAACUCGUUCACGUCUCGUUUGCGUGAUUCAGAGUCGACUCCCUGUUUUUUUACAAGCCAAUGACUUUGUUAUUUAUUCACCUUCGAACUCGGCAGACUGCUUACUUUCAAACACGGCAACAUAACACACUAGAUUAGUGGUCGAUCGAUUAUCGAACUGGCGGAUUAUCGGCGUCGAUAUCAAAGAUUUAGCUGAUAGUCGAUAUCGAUCAUUUUCAAAGCCGAUUUGCCGAUAAAGUCAUUUAAUUUUGAAAUGCGCUAUUUUGCUCUGAUGCAGCUAAGGAUUUAGUGAGAGCAGUCGGAACACGUCACUCUAGUUUGUUGCCUAGACUAAUGCCCGCCCACUGCCCCUCUGAUUUGUUGGGACUAAGUCACGAGUCCGGUCAAUCAACGCGGGAGGCUGCGGAACAGAAAGUGUUCUUCACUCUCACACUGAAAGCUCUCUUCGGGUUCAUGCUCUCUGAGAGUGUUUUUCCUACUAAACUGGAAGACAUUAAUGCGAUUCUGUCUGCCUCAGUCCCUGGAUUAAGGGCAGCUCCACCUCCACAGGAGGAAGAGGAGGAGGCCGAUGAUGAAGAGACAGAAGAGUUAGGGCACGCCGACACGUAUGCGGAAUACAAGCCAUCCAAAUCUACUAUUGGUAUCUCUCAUCCUGACAUCGUUGUGGAGACGAACACGCUGUCCAGUGUCCCUCCUCCUGACAUUACAUACCCACUGUCCAUUCCUGAGAGCACCAUAACCUCAGGCCUGCUGUCAGCACUGCAGCUGGAGGCCAUCAUCUAUGCCUGUCAGCAACACGAGGUGAUCCUUCAGAACGGUCAGCGGGCAGGGUUUCUGAUCGGAGAUGGUGCCGGUGUCGGGAAAGGCCGCACUGUGGCCGGAAUCAUACUGGAGAAUUUCUUAAAGGGACGGAAAAAAGCAUUAUGGUUUAGUGUCUCGAAUGAUUUGAAGUAUGAUGCCGAGAGAGAUCUCAAAGACAUCAACGCUCCUAACAUCCCUGUUUUUGCUUUGAAUAAGAUUAAAUAUGGUGAUACUGCUACCUCAGAGGGCGUUCUCUUCGCCACAUACUCUGCGCUGAUCGGAGAGAGCCAGGCCGGCGGGCAGCACCGCACCAGACUCAAACAGAUCCAGGAAUGGUGUAAACCCAACUUUGAUGGAGUCAUUGUGUUUGACGAAUGCCACAAAGCUAAAAAUGCAACCGCCACCAAGAUGGGUAAAGCAGUACUUGACCUCCAGACUAAACUGCCCCUGGCAAGGGUGGUGUAUGCUAGUGCCACAGGUGCUUCUGAGCCAAAGAACAUGAUCUACAUGAGCCGGCUGGGCAUCUGGGGGCUAGGAACCCCAUUCAAGGCGUUUGAUGACUUUCUUCACGCUAUAGAGAAGAGGGGUGUUGGUGCCAUGGAGAUUGUUGCCAUGGAUAUGAAAGUGAGCGGCAUGUAUAUUGCACGACAGCUGAGUUUUUCUGGUGUGUCGUUCCGUAUAGAGGAGAUAACACUGGAUGAGGAGUUCAAACUGGUUUACAACAGAGCAGCUAGACUGUGGGCUGAGGCUCUGGAGUCGUUCACCAGGGCUGCGGACAUUUUGGGUUUGGCGUCCCGGAAGUCUCUUUGGGGUCAGUUCUGGUCUGCACAUCAGAGGUUCUUUAAAUACCUCUGCAUCGCUGCUAAAGUCCGUCGUCUGGUGGAGCUUGCUCGUGUCGAGAUGCAGCACGGCAAGUGUGUCGUGAUUGGCCUGCAGUCAACCGGAGAGGCUCGUACUCGAGAGGUGCUGGACGAGAACGAUGGGCAUUUAGACAGAUUCGUCUCUGCUGCUGAGGGUGUUUUCCACUCAUUAGUCCAAAAACACUUUCCAACCGAAAAAAGAGAGAAAAGAACCACCGGCAAGAGGAAACGAAAGCCCAAGGGCCGGGCUUCAAAGUUUCCAAAGCACUGUGUGGAGGUGGGGGGAGUUAUUAAGAUCAGCGACGACUCGGACUCUGACUCAGAUGAGGUUGACAGCGAAUCAAACUCCUCCCCAGAAUCACUACAGGAUAAUGAUGAUGUGAUUUUUGUCAACCACAUCAAUGGGCCUGCGGCCAAACUAUUAGAAGACAAGCAGAGGCUGCUGGGUAAAAUAGCAGAGUUGGGGAAAGAUCUGCCUCUAAACACACUUGAUGAGUUGAUUGACAGGUUUGGAGGACCAGAGAGGGUGUCUGAGAUGACCGGGCGUAAGGGUCGUGUGGUGCGGCGACCUGAUGGCAGCGUGCGAUACGAGACCAGAGCAGAACAGGGCCUGACCAUCGAUCACGUUAACAUCAGAGAAAAAGAGAGAUUCAUGACCGGAGAGAAGUUCAUAGCCAUUAUCUCUGAGGCUGCUAGCUCGGGCAUCUCUCUGCAGGCAGAUAAACGCGUGCAGAACCGCAGGAGACGGGUUCACAUGACCCUAGAGCUGCCGUGGAGUGCUGACCGGGCCAUUCAGCAGUUCGGUCGAACACAUCGAUCAAAUCAGGUUACUGCUCCCGACUAUAUCUUCCUGAUCUCAGAGCUGGCGGGUGAGAGGCGCUUCGCUUCAAUCGUUGCCAAGAGAUUGGAGAGCCUGGGGGCGCUGACGCAUGGGGACCGACGAGCCACUGAGUCUAGAGACCUGAGUCAGUACAACUUUGAGAAUAAAUACGGCACCAAAGCGUUGGAUAAGAUCACUAAAGCCAUCCUGGGACACAUCGACAACAAAGUCCCUCCACCCAAAGGGUACCCAGGAGGAGAUCUCAUGUUCUUCAGAGAUAUGAAGAAAGGCAUGAUCGAUGUUGGGAUCUUCUGUAGGGAGCCUCGACUUGGUCUGAACACAGAAAAAGACUGCACCAUUACCAAGUUUCUGAACCGGAUUCUGGGUUUGGAGGUCUAUCAGCAGAACUCUUUGUUUCAGUACUUCACUGAUAACUUCGACUACUUGAUCGAGAAAGACAAAAAAGAGGGCAAAUAUGACAUGGGAAUAUUGGAUCUGGCUCCUGGUAAUGAUGAGAUUCACGAGGAAACACAGGAGAAGUUUCUGACCCCGGGUAACCCUCAGGAGGGUCAGGUCAUCCUCUACAAGAUCAGUGUGGAUCGUGGAAUGCCCUGGGAUGAAGCCUGCAGUAAAGCUGAGAAAUUUACGGGAGAUUAUGAAGGCUUUUACCUUUCAAAUAAGUUGCGCGGGAGCCAGCCAUGUGUGCUGCUUGCUGAACAGGGUCGCGGGCGGAACCUCAUUUUAUAUAAACCCAACAUCGGUAAACAGGCACAUCCUGAGAAUCUAGACAACCUCCUGCUGCGAUACUACAAGGUGAUGCCAGAUGAAGCAAAACAUUACUGGGAGAGUCAGUUUGUCUUUUCCUUCACUAAAUGCAGCCAUGCCAACUGGAAGGGUACGUGUAAGCUGAUCGAGGAGGGACAUGAGUGUUUGUUGGGGAUGCGUCUCAGACAGUAUCACAUGUUGUGCGGCGCUCUGCUCAGGGUUUGGAAACGCGUCUCUGACAUCGUCUCUGACAUCACGAACUCUAGCAUCCUGCAGAUCGUUCGACUCAAAACAAAACAGAACAGCAAACAAGUCGGUAUAAAAAUCCCAGAGAACUGCGUAUCUCGGGUGCGUGCCGAGCUCUCUCGAAUGGACGAGGAAGUAAAGAAGGCACGCAGAGAGCGAGACCAGCGUUUUCAACAGGAGAUGUUUGCCAAAAUGAACAAUGCCCGCAAACUGUGCGCCAACCUACCCCAGUCCCUUGCAAACCACCUUCCUUACCCACCAUCCCGCCUGCCCCCUGCAGCGCCGUCAAAGAGCGAGUCUGUCAGUGAGGUCCUGGACCUGACCAUCAGCCCGUGCCCUUCCCCAGACAUCAAACCCGUCGGGUCAGACGCGAGGAUCAGCCUGAACGGCAUUUCCCUGAACGGAGGGAUAGCGGGCGGGAAAGGACGCCAUUCCGUGGUUGCACCGGAGACAUUUGACCUGGAAGAACUGAUCUCCCAGGAACGGCAGAGGCAGUUGGCGAUGAACGCAGGCAUGCGUGUCUCGCCGUCUUCUCGCGCCGCUCGUGGUUUCCUGCGACAGCAGCAGCAUGUUCACACGCUAAAGCAGAAUCAUUCGUCGCUGGGCGUGUUGACGCAGCAGCAGAGCAGCUCACACGCCCAGCGGAGCGUUAAUGGGUCGGCACGGUGCAGCACUCUUUUAUCACAGCUGCAAGGAGGGCAGGACAAAGCGCUCAUGAUGCGGUUUCUCACGCAGAUGCAGCAGCGAACCGGCGUAUCGUCGCAGUCUACACGCACGGCGCUGCAGUCACCACAGCAGAGUCAACACGCAUCCAUGCUGACACGCAUGUCUAACGCACACUCGCUCAGCACUCACCCGCAGGUGAUGAAACAACCGCCGCAGGCGCAUGCGAGCAAAAACAUGCAGCUUCCUCUAAGCAGAUCCAUGCUGCCGCAACCCCUGCAGUUGCAGCUCCUGCACAGUCAGCCCGCUCCAGAUCGAGUAGCAAUCCCAAACAGCGAUUUUGAUUUUGAGGAUUUGGACUUCAGUUGCCCCUCGCCCGUUUCUCGACUGCAGUACCCGUUUAGCUCUCAAACCCCGUCCUCCACCCCUCCUUCCUCUUACUCCUCCUCCCUCUUCACUUCAGCUCCUCUGAACUCCUCCCUGUCAGACUCGAGCUCCUCCUCGUCACACUUUACGCCAUCCUCUUCCGAACAGUCGCACCUCCUGUUACCCAACGGCCACUGCAGUAUGGACGUCCUGGAUGUGCGUGAGACACUGGAUCACAUGAUCCGCGGAACCCCAUCGGACCAACGCCAGUCCGUCAUCCAGUACAAACCCGUGGACUGGGACGCCACCUAGAGGCCGGAGAUGGGUGGUCAGUACUGUUUGUGUCUGGUGAUCAGAUGUUCAUCAUCUCAGAAUGGGCUUUAUUUUCAGAGGUUCUGUUUAUUUGUUGUCCACGUUUUUCCCAGUCCAUAAGCUAGUUCUGUGGUGGUUGUAUUUGGUUUGCCGACGUCCAGUGAAUAGAAAAUCUCGAAAUAUUGGGGCACAUGAAAUUCAUGUUGUUGUUGUUUUUUGCAUUGUUUAAAGCAGUAGGGCUUUUCCACCUCUCAUUUCUCAUUCAAAGAGUUCACAAACAAAGAUAAGAGUGAGGUAAACUAAAUGUUUAUUUAUGAAGAUGUCUGUUUUCUGUUUCCUGUCAGAGGGCGUUUAUCUGCCGUCUGUUCAUCAGUGCCUUGACCUCCUUUAAAUACGGUCUCUAUCUCUCUCUCACUCUCGUGUGUGUGUAUAUUUCUAAACACAGCAGUCCUAUAUUAUUUAUUUAGCGAUGCUCUCAGAAUUCUGUACGAACUGUGUGAAUUUGAAACUGCUGUCUGCCACCUAAACCCUGUGAAUUUCUCUUUCGAUCAUAUCCGCAUUAUUUAAAUAAUCUAAACUCAAAGAGAGAUCUUACACAACAUAUGGGCCGUAAAGGCGGCGUUGGCCAGAGCACAGCAGAAUACUUCUGCGUUGGGCUUUGAGUCGUUUCUCAGGUAUCAUAUAGACUCAUCACUGUCUAAACAAAUUUUAUCAAAACGAAUACGAAUGGGUGAGCUUUGUGAACUUUCGGAAUGGGAAGCCAAAUUAUUUAUUAGCAGAUCUUAAAGAUACUUCACUCAAAAAUGAAAAUUCUAUCACCAUUUACUCACCUUUGAGUUGUUCCAAAUCUGUAUAAAUGUCUUUGUUCUGAUGAACAUAAAGAAUCACAGAUCUUGUAGGAAAAAUGCUUUAUCUUUUUUUUUUCUUCUGUUGAACACAAAAGAAGACAUUUUGAAGAAUCUAGGACAGCAAGCAGUUCUGUGGAACUUAUAACUACCAAUUUUUUCCUACUAUGGGGGGGCAAAAGCUCUUUGGUUAUAAGCAUUCUUCCAAAUAUCUUUUUCUAAGUUCAUCCGAACAAAGACAUUUAUACAGAUUUGGAACAACUCAAAGGUGAGUAAAUGAUGACAGAAAUUAAAUUUUUGGGCGAAGUACCCCUUUAAGUAUGAGAGAGCUCUGAACCACUGGACCUCGUCUCAAGAGCGAGCGAGACUUAGCAAUAAAAACCAAACAAAUUCAUAUUCAACUGUAUAUGUUUAUAGAGAUGAAUAAAAUGCUGCCCCACGAACAAUUUGAGUCUCGUAUCGACAGACAGAUUUCUCUACAGUAUAUAUCUGUUCAAAGUGAUAUUUUCCAGUUCUGUUUGAAGAAUAUUAUAUUUGUUAAGAGAAGCCGAAAAAUAGUUUUGUUGGUUUGUACGAGAUCACGUGUAUGAGGUCAAUGUUUUCCCUUCGGUCUUGUGUUCUCGUGUCGUUGGAAUGAAAGAAAACGUAUUGAUGUCUUUGAUAUUGCUGUUUGUAUUAUUAUUGUUAUUGUUAAUACUAUUAUUGUUGGUAUUUAUAUCCAAGGGACAUUUUUAGUAGAGGUAGUCUUGGUUAUAAUCAUGUGUAGAAGUACAAAAACACUUUUAGUCUUGUCAGGGGUUUAUUUGAUUUUAAUUUUCCUCCCAAAAUCCAGAACUAAAGCCUGUCACCAAAAUGACUGCGCUGCUGCACGGUCACUUCUGUCUAGCUCAGAUACUUUCCAUCUCUUUCAUCUGAUUCCCAUCGCACCAAAGUUUUCUGUGCAGGCUCCGUGCGGUCGUGUUUAAUCUCAGGAAAUGUUGAGGGAACGAUUGCAUUGUCGCAGAGAGAGAGACGUGUGAUCUUGACUACUGUACUCUGUCGUAUUCUAGACUUGAAGUAUACUUCUGUUCAAGGUGAAAUGUAAGAAUAAUACUCAAGUAUUACUGCCCGUUUGAUACGAUUCUAUCGAUUUUAUUUUCAAAUCUGAUUUUGUGAUGAGAUAUCACAGAUAUAUGAGAUGCAGGCAAUGUCACACAUGCUAAAGUUGGUUGUUCCCAUUCUCUUUAGGGAAAUGUGAUGUUUUUCAUUGUGUGUAACUGUGUUAAAGAAUUGGGGAUAAACUUCCAGAAUUGAAACCUCUUCUGCUGCCUGGCGUUUCUACAUCAAAAUCACAAAAGAACACUUUAAUAAAACAACAAAACAUUUAUUAAAACUGCUACUGAUCAUAUGUAUUAUUAUUAUUAUUGAUGUCGAUACUGUUGUUGUUAUAUUAUAUUGUUUCCUGUUAGAAUUCUGUUCAGCACUUUUACUUUCAGCUUCUGUGUUUUAUCCCAAUAUUUAUAUAAGUUUAGAUGGAGCUGUACAUAAUGUAAACAAAUGUGCCUUUUGACUCAUUCUGAACGUUUUCUACAUUUAACAGAAGGAAUAUAUUGUACGGCAAUAUAAUUUUUGUUAACAAACAAUAAAAUUUUAAAAGUU